AUAUGCUACUCUUUCCUUCCCAAGAAAACCAACCAAACAAACCCAAAAUCAUCAUCCAUGAGAGUGAAAUGUGCUGCAAUUGGCAAUGGACUAUUCACCCAAACAUCCCCGGAAGUCCGCCGAAUAGUCCCCGACAACAUUCAAGGCCUCCCAACCGUGAAAGUGGUGUAUGUAGUCCUUGAAGCUCAAUACCAAUCGUCCCUCUCCGCCGCGGUGCGUACUCUCAACAAAAAUGGCAACUUUGCUUCAUUUGAGGUUGUUGGGUACUUAGUUGAAGAGCUUAGAGAUGAGAAUACAUACAAAUCUUUCUGUAAAGACCUUGAGGAUGCUAAUGUAUUCAUAGGCUCAUUGAUUUUCGUUGAAGAGCUUGCUUUGAAGAUCAAGACUGCUGUUGAGAAAGAGAGGGACAGACUUGAUGCAGUCUUGGUGUUCCCUUCAAUGCCUGAAGUAAUGAGACUCAACAAGUUGGGUUCAUUUAGUAUGUCCCAACUGGGGCAAUCAAAGAGCCCCUUUUUUCAGCUAUUCAAGAGAAAGAAACAGUCAGCUGGGUUUGCUGAGAGUAUGCUAAAGCUUGUGAGGACAUUGCCCAAAGUACUAAAGUACUUGCCAAGUGAUAAGGCUCAAGAUGCCAGGCUAUACAUACUCAGUUUGCAGUUUUGGCUUGGUGGGUCACCAGACAAUUUGGUGAAUUUCUUGAAAAUGAUUUCUGGGUCUUAUGUACCGGCAUUGAAAGGGAUGAAAAUCCAGUAUUCGGACCCGGUUUUGUUCUUGGAUAGUGGAAUUUGGCACCCUUUGGCCCCAUGUAUGUAUGAUGAUGUGAAGGAGUACUUGAAUUGGUAUGGGACUAGAAGGGAUGCCAAUGAGAGGAUCAAGGGUCCAAAUGCACCGGUGAUUGGGUUGGUUUUGCAGAGAAGUCAUAUUGUUACCGGGGAUGAGAGUCACUAUGUGGCUGUGAUUAUGGAAUUGGAGGCAAAAGGGGCUAAAGUCAUACCAAUUUUUGCCGGUGGGCUUGAUUUCUCGGGGCCAGUUGAGAGGUUUUUCAUCGAUCCGAUUACGAAGAAGCCGUUUGUGAAUUCAGUGAUCUCACUGACAGGUUUUGCUCUUGUUGGAGGGCCGGCCAGACAAGAUCAUCCGAGGGCUGUUGAGGCACUGACUAAGCUUGAUGUGCCUUACAUUGUUGCAGUGCCUUUGGUGUUUCAGACAACAGAGGAGUGGCUGAAUAGCUCCUUGGGGUUGCACCCAAUUCAGGUGGCUUUGCAAGUUGCUCUUCCUGAGCUUGAUGGAGGCAUGGAGCCCAUUGUUUUUGCCGGGCGGGAUCCUAGAACAGGGAAAUCACAUGCUCUUCACAAAAGGGUGGAGCAACUCUGCACCAGGGCAAUCAGAUGGGCUGAACUGAAAAGGAAGUCAAAGGCAGAGAAGAAGCUCGCAAUUACUGUUUUCAGUUUCCCUCCAGACAAAGGAAACGUUGGAACUGCAGCAUACCUGAAUGUCUUCGCUUCCAUUUACUCUGUGUUGAAGGACCUCCGAAAAGAUGGUUACAAUGUUGAUGGCCUUCCAGAAACUUCCGAAGCCUUAAUUGAAGAAAUCCUUCAUGAUAAAGAGGCUCAAUUCAGCAGCCCAAAUCUCAACGUAGCUUAUAAAAUGGGUGUCAGAGAGUACAAAAAUUUGACUCCCUAUGCCACAUCAUUGGAAGAGAACUGGGGGAAACCUCCUGGAAAUUUGAAUUCUGAUGGGGAAAAUCUGUUGGUCUACGGAAAACAGUAUGGAAACGUUUUCAUUGGUGUUCAGCCCACAUUUGGUUACGAGGGUGAUCCUAUGCGGCUUCUUUUUGCCAAAUCAGCUAGCCCACAUCAUGGGUUUGCUGCUUACUACUCGUUUGUCGAGAAAAUUUUCAAAGCUGAUGCUGUUCUUCAUUUUGGCACUCACGGUUCACUUGAAUUCAUGCCAGGAAAGCAGGUGGGAAUGAGCGAUGUUUGUUACCCAGAUACUCUGAUUGGGAAUAUUCCCAAUGUCUAUUACUAUGCAGCCAACAACCCAUCUGAAGCCACCAUAGCAAAACGUCGAAGCUAUGCCAAUACAAUCAGCUAUUUGACUCCCCCAGCCGAAAAUGCUGGGCUUUACAAGGGACUCAAGCAGCUAAGUGAGCUGAUAUCAUCAUACCAAUCGCUCAAAGACACAGGCCGUGGGCAACAGAUUGUGAGCUCUAUAAUCAGCACUGCCAAACAAUGCAAUCUCGACAAGGAUGUGGAUCUUCCUGAUGAAAGUGAGGAAAUCUCAGCCAAAGAUCGUGACCUUGUGGUUGGGAAGGUUUAUUCCAAAAUCAUGGAGAUUGAAUCUAGGCUUCUUCCUUGUGGGCUCCAUAUCAUUGGUGAGCCUCCAUCAGCCAUGGAAGCAGUGGCAACACUGGUUAACAUUGCUGCACUAGACCGCCCCGAAGAAGGGAUUUCCUCUCUCCCAUCAAUACUAGCCGAGACGGUUGGAAGAGGUAUAGAGGAAGUUUACAAAGGGAGCAACGCGGGCAUCUUAAAAGAUGUUGAAUUACUUCGUCAAAUUACUGAGGCGUCACGUGGAGCCAUUUCUGCAUUUGUAGAGAAAACCACAAACAAGAAGGGUCAAGUGGUUGAUGUAGCUGACAAACUGAGCUCAAUCCUUGGUUUUGGCGUGAAUGAACCGUGGGUUCAGUAUUUGUCGAACACUAAAUUUUACAGGACUGAUCGGGAGAAACUUAGGAUUUUGUUUGCAUUCUUAGGGGAUUGCUUGAAGCUUAUCGUGGCAGAUAAUGAGUUGGGAAGUUUAAAACAAGCUUUGGAAGGAAAAUACGUGGAGCCAGGUCCCGGUGGGGAUCCUAUUAGAAAUCCAAAAGUGUUGCCAACCGGGAAGAAUAUUCACGCACUCGAUCCACAAGCUAUUCCAACAACAGCAGCAAUGCAGAGUGCAAAGGUUGUGGUGGAGAGGUUGCUUGAGAGACAGAAGGCUGAUAAUGGAGGAAAGUAUCCCGAGACAGUUGCACUUGUACUAUGGGGAACUGAUAAUAUCAAGACUUACGGUGAGUCACUAGCUCAAGUUUUAUGGAUGAUUGGUGUACUUCCCAUUGCUGAUACCUUUGGUAGAGUUAACCGAGUGGAACCAGUAAGCCUCGAAGAGCUUGGCAGGCCAAGGAUUGAUGUUGUUGUUAAUUGCUCUGGUGUAUUCAGAGACCUUUUCAUCAAUCAGAUGAAUCUCCUUGACCGGGCAGUGAAGAUGGUAGCUGAACUAGACGAGCCAGAAGAUCAAAAUUACGUGAGAAAACAUGCAAUAGAACAAGCGAAAACCCUUGGUGUUGAGGUUAGAGAAGCUGCCACAAGGGUCUUCUCCAAUGCCUCUGGCUCAUACUCCUCUAACAUAAACCUCGCGAUUGAGAAUUCCUCGUGGAACGAUGAGAAGCAACUUCAAGACAUGUAUUUGAGCCGCAAGUCCUUUGCAUUCGACUGUGAUGCUCCUGGUGUUGGCAUGACUGAGAAACGUAAAGUUUUUGAGAUGGCUCUAAGUACAGCUGACGCCACAUUCCAAAACCUCGACUCAUCAGAAAUUUCACUCACAGAUGUGAGUCACUACUUUGAUUCAGACCCAACCAACCUUGUACAGAACCUAAGGAAGGAUGGUAAAAAGCCUAGUGCAUACAUUGCUGACACCACCACAGCUAAUGCACAGGUGCGCACGCUUUCAGAAACUGUGCGGCUUGAUGCACGUACGAAGUUGUUGAAUCCUAGGUGGUAUGAGGGAAUGUUGUCUACCGGUUAUGAGGGUGUGCGCGAAAUUGAGAAGCGAUUGACUAACACAGUUGGGUGGAGUGCAACCUCUGGUCAAGUUGACAAUUGGGUGUAUGAAGAGGCUAACACAACUUUCAUUCAAGACGAGGAAAUGUUGAACAAGCUCAUGAAAACCAACCCUAACUCUUUCAGAAAGUUGGUUCAGACGUUCUUGGAGGCCAACGGACGUGGGUAUUGGGAGACAUCAGAGGACAAUAUCGAGAAGUUGAGGCAAUUGUACUCGGAAGUUGAAGACAAGAUUGAAGGGAUUGAUCGUUAGAUUUUGUACCUAAUUGUGAAAAGAAUUAUCCUUAAAAGAGUGGAAAUAACACCGUUGAUUCACCUGAUCUCUCUAUUGCUCUUUGAUGGAUACAUGUAAUUUUUCGGAUACUGGAAUUUGAUUUUGAUACCAGUCCCCCCCCAUUGUAAGUUAAUUUCUUUUCCGGGGGAUUUGUAUUAUGUGUAGCUUGUGAGAUGCUAUUAAUUCUGAAAAGUUCAAAAAGCCGCUUUUAUUCAUCACUGUGGCAUUUCGUUACUA